CGAAUCCCGAUUCCCAUCAACGACCAUUGUUAGCGUGGGGAAGAUGUCCGUGACGUAGCCUGCUGUAACGGUAGCUUUAGGGUGUUGAAAUAAAUAAAUAUCCGAUUUAUUUUAUGGAAUUGAAAAAAUAAAUGGAUGGAUGAAUCUAAGAAGAGGCGUAAAUUUAGGGAUAAUGAUCGGCUGAAAGGGCCAACUCCGAAGCAGAGACCACCAUAGAAAUUAUUAUAUAGAUAUUGAUAUUAUAUAUGAAAUGGCUGGCGAUUUUCGAAGAUUAAUGUCUUUUUGAUCCAGAUUUUGCUUCUAUAUCUGAUCGAAUCUCUGCCAGUCAACCUCUAUAUGCACUUCCUUCGCAUUUUUCUUCCUUUGCAAUUCCAUCCCAAACCCAGUCAGUCGCCUCUCUGCCUCUGCCUCUGCCUCUGCCUCUGCCUCUCGUUUCAUCCGCGGUCCUCCUCUCUAGGUGUCUUCCCGGUUAACGCGCUUCUUCUGCGUUUUGUAGAAACAGAACCAAAAGCAGAGGCUCUUCGACGAACACCUAUUUCGCCACCCUGGCUAUCGAUAAUUUGGCCUUGAGGAAAAGGCAGAAAGCAGCGGUAAGCACCAACACGGAGGGGUUUGCGACGGAUCAGUUUGUAGAAAUAGGGGGCUCUGAGUGUUUGGUGGGACUGGAAUGCUUUCUGAACAUCAUCAGAUCCCUAGGGAUGGGGUCGUGUCUCUCGGGGGACGUGGCCAGCGCCCGCGCACUCCCUUAUGCUUUGGCAGCAGCAGCAGCAGUGACGGCGUCCACGUCUGCUUCGGAUGUGGGCUCCGGCAACAAGAGCGGGAAUUCAAGGAAGAAGAUGAGGAAGGACACCUCCUUUGAUACCAAGCUGGAGAUGUGGCUGCAUAGAGUUCCGGAGCGGUUGUUCUUGAAUGGCUCCAGUGAGGUUGCAUCGCUGUUUAGUAAGCAGGGCAAGAAGGGGAUCAACCAAGAUGCUAUGAUUGUUUGGGAGCCAGUUUCAAUGGCGGGAUUCUAACUGAAGUAGAGCGGAAUAAUUUAGUAGGAUGAUCAUCCUAAUGUGUUCUGUAAACAGAGUUCUGCAAAAACACAGCUGGAUGGCUAGAUAAGGUAGGUUAUCUAGAAUGUUCUGUCGCUGGAGUUCUCAUUUUUGUUGUGAUUAUGUUUGUGCCUAGAUGGUAUAUGUUCUUUGCAGGAAUUUCCUGACUAUAUGUGUAACGACCCGGUUCAAUAUUUCUAGAGAUGGAAAAUGGAUAAUACUAUGGGGCCUAAAUUAGUAUUAAUGGGCCAAUAUUUGGGAAGCCCAAUUUAGGGUUAUUGGAUAAUUUUGAAUAGGCUACAGAUCCAAAAAUUUAUUAUGGGGUUUUUAUUGUGCU